AUGGCUCUUAAGGCCAUCAAAGAAAACUCUUCUUCUUCUUCUUCUUCUUCUUCUUCUUCUUCUUCUUCUUCUCAACAAUGGCAAUAUGAUGUUUUUCUUAGCUUUAGGGGUGAAGAUACCCGUAAGAAUUUUAUCAGUCAUUUGUGCAAAGAGUUUCGUCAAAAAGGAAUCAUAAUAUUCAAGGAUGAUCGAGAACUUGAGAAAGGGGAAACUAUUUGUCAAGAACUCCUCAAAGCAAUUGAAAGCUCCAAAAUUUCUCUUGUCAUCUUUUCAAAAAAUUACGCUUCUUCAACAUGGUGUUUGGAUGAACUCGUAAAAAUUUUAGAAUGCAAGAACUCUGGCAACCAAAUAGUUUUGCCCAUUUUCUAUGAUGUGAAUCCAUCAGAAGUUCGAAAACAGAAUGGGAGUUUUGAAAAUGACUUUGAACAUUAUCAGCAGAACGACGAGAGGGUGCAACGGUGGAGACUUGCUAUGACUCAAGUGGCCAAUCUUUCUGGAUGGAAUUUACAAGAAAGGGAGGAGUCAGAGUUUAUUCAGGAUAUCACUAAAGAUGUACUUAACAAAUUGGGAAGAUUUAGUCAUAGCAUAGCCAAGGAUUUUGUUGGAAUGGACUCACGAUUAGAGAAAAUGAGAUUGUGUAUCAAUAUAAAGGAGCUAAAUAAUGUCAAAACCGUAGGUAUUUGUGGGAUGGGUGGCAUUGGAAAAACGACUAUUGCUAGUGUCACCUACAAGGAAAUGCAAUGCCAAUUUGAGGGUAGUGCUUUUCUUGCGGAUGUUAGAGAAACUUCAAGAAAAUAUGGUUUGUUCACUUUACAAAGGCGACUUUUAUGUGCAGCAUCGAUGGAAAGAGACAUAGAUGUGUACGAUGAAUACAAUGGAGUUUAUCACAUAAAAAAUAGGCUAUCUCAGAAGAAGGUUUUGGUCAUUCUUGAUGAUGUUGAUGAGUUAGAGCAAUUAGAAUUAUUAGUUGGAAAAAAAGAUGAAAACUGGUUUGGAGUUGGAAGUAGAAUCAUAAUAACGACUAGGGAUGAACAUUUGUUGAUCCAACAUGAAGUAGAUCAAAUAUAUAGGGUUGAGGAGUUAAAUCAUCAUGAAGCCCUUCAACUCUUUUGCUUGAAAGCCUUUAAGAAAGAUUGUCCACCACAAGAUUACAUGGAGCUAUCCAACAAAGCUGUAAACUAUGCAGGUGGCCUCCCAUUAGCGCUGAAUGUUUUGGGUUCCUCCUUGUAUGCUAGAUCUGUGAAGGAAUGGAACAGUGCAUUGAAGAGGUUGAAAGAAAUUCCCAAUGAAAAAAUUCUAAGUAAGCUUGAAAUAAGUUUUGAUGGAUUGGAGGAAAUACAAAAAAAAAUAUUUCUUGACAUCGCAUGCUUUUUCAAAGGAAAAAUGAAACGUUAUGUGAUGAAAGUACUGGAAAGUGGUGGAUUUUACCCAGAUAUUGGUAUAAGGGAGAUUAUCGAUAAAUCUCUCAUAACUAUUUCAAACAACCGUGUGUGGAUGCAUGAUUUGCUUGAAGAAAUGGGUCAAGAAAUCGUUCAUCGAGAAUGUCGAGAAGAGCCUGGACGACGUAGUAGACUAUGGCUUUAUAAGGAUGUCUGUCACAUCUUAAUGAAUGAUACGGGAACAAAUCUAAUUGAAGGUGUAGUCCUGGAUUAUAUGUUUGAUCAAGGAGAAAGAUGCAUGAGUUCUAAAGCCUUCUUGAAGAUGAAAGCUCUCAGAUUGCUCAUACUUUGCAAUUUAAACCUCUCCAAAGACAUUGAAUAUCUUUCCAAUGAAUUAAGAUACUUGGAAUGGCGUGGGUAUCCUUUCAAAUCUUUGCCACAAACUUUUCAACCAGAUCAACUUGCUGAGCUCCAUUUGUCUUAUAGCAGAAUUGAACAAUUAUGGAAGGGAGUAAGAGUAUGUAUAAUUAACUCCUUAUAUCUGUUUAUUACUCUGGUUUUACGGUUUCUUUCUGAUUUCCUUUCUAUAUCUUUUACAGCCAUUAAAGUUGUUGAAGAUAAUUGAUCUUAGUUACUCUAAAAAAUUAAUCAAGACACCCGACUUUAGAGAGAUCCCAUACCUUGAAGAGUUGAUUCUUGAAUGUUGUACAGGAUUACUUGAAGUACACCAUUCUAUUGGACUUCUAGAAAGGCUUGUUUUACUGAACAUGAAG